UCUCUCUCUCUCAUUUCGAGGGACUCUAGAGCAGAUGUGAGGAUGUUCAGAAUAUAAGACUGUAAUGACCCUGUUGAGAAGUCAGCAUCGCAGUCUUCAGUAGCGCACUUGUGCUGUCUUUCUUAUUUAGACGAAAGCAUGACUGGAGUUUUGCGACCCUCCAAACAGAGAUCCGGUAUGAAGAGACCUCGAAAUGAGCCUUACAGGGUUUUUGACUAUCAACAUGCUCCAACUAUCCCGUGUGACUUUGCAUCUUUUCGACGGAUGUGUUCAUCACCCUCUUCGCCUUCUGCAGCCCUGCGGCAAAGCAGAGAAAAACCUCAGAGCAGACACAAGUCCAGGAGCAGAGGAAUCCAGCUAAGAAUGGAGGAGCUGGUGUGCAUUAAGAAAGAACUGACGGUGAUUAAAUCACAGAUAGAUGAGCUGCUGGACAGUCUGGAGCGGAUGGACCCUCAAAGCCAAGAGCUGUCCGGAGAUGGUGUGGUGUUCUCUCCGCUCCAUGGCUCUGUGAGCAGUGCGGACAAUUCGUCUGGUAGCCCUCUUCCCCCGAGGACAGACAGAGACACACAGAGCCCACAGACUGCAGACAGCAGUGAUGAAGACAGAGAGCAUGUUAAUUACUAUGAAUCAGAUUUGCUCUACAUGUAAAGACAGUUUCAGAUUCCAAAUUCAGAUACCAAGUUUUGGGUAAAAGUCACAGGAUCUCUAAUGAUGAUGUAAAGAAAACGAUCAGGAAAUAUAUUUGGAUCAGUUCCAAAUAUCCAGAUCUGCUGAAAUUGUCAUCAUGUAAAGUGAACAUGAAUCCAGUUUGAAUCCAGUUGUGGAGCAGCCGUUUAUACACACCAGAAAAAAACUAUGUGUCAUCAAAAGCUGCUGAUGAUUUUAUGAAUUAUAUGAACACAAGCUGUUUUUUCCAUGAUUUCAGUCAGUAAAAUACUGAUACGACUCAAGAGCAGGAUAAAAUUACUGUAUAGCGUCCACACACUUGUUAUUGCAAAUAUCCUACAUAAGUUAUUUUAUGGUUCUACACAAGAGCUCAACUGAUAUGGGUUAUUAAAUGAUGCCAAUAAUGAUAUCUACAUCUAUAUCAACUGAUAGACCCUGGUAUAUUGAAAAAAUAGUUCAAUUAUGUAUAUUUAUGAGAUUUAAAAUGUACAUAAACACUUAUUUAAACCCAAAUGUCAUUCAAAUAACUGUUACAUAAUUCGUAACUUUGGAAUUGGCCCAAUGACUACCAUCUACCUCUGCUGUUAACUACACAUGGUGUUUGGUCAGUGCAAGUGAUAUGUAAAUAUUUCCCCAUUAAUCACUCUGGCCUGUUUAGUUUUAUGACUAGAUUUACUGUAUGAUAGGAAUAUGUCUUUUUCUUCAUGUGAAAAUGUAGUCAAGGUCAUACACUUACUUUUUUAUUUCUUUUUAAAUAAGUCAUAAAAUAGUGAUUUCCUGCUGAAUGUUUUUUUUUUUGUAAUAUACGUUUUUGUAAUAUAUUACUGUGAUUUAUGAAAAAUAUUGUGGAAUGCUGUUUUGUUUGUAUCACUUUGUCAGUUGCAUUGUGAAUGUAUCACUAACAGAAAUAAAAAAUGCAUUCAUGUA